CCGCCUCUCACUGGCGGAGCUCCAGCGGAAGGAAGCGGGGUAAGUAAGGAGAUCGCUAUAGCAUGGCUCCUACAAAGGCGACUGCCUGCAAAUCGACCGGUGGUAAAGCACCCAGGAGGCAACUGGCUACAAAAGCUGCUCGCAAGACUGCGCCCUCUACUGUAGGGGUGAAGAAACCUCAUCGUUACAGGCCUUGUACUGUGGCACUCCGUGAAGUCAGACGUUAUCAGAAGUCCGCUGAACUUCUAAUUAGCAAACUUCCCUUCCCAAGUCUGCUGAGAGAAAUUGCUCAGGACUUUAAAACAGAUCUGUGCUUCCAGAGCACAGCUAUCGGUACUUUGCGGGAGGCAAGGGAGGCCUGUCUGGUUGGUCUUUUUGAAGUCACCAACCUAUGUGCUAUCCAUGUUAAACGUGUAACAAUUAUACCAAAAGAUAACCAGCUAGCAAGCAUACAUGGAGAACGUGCUUAA